UCCAUUAGCAUUAAAGUAAGCGGCCGUUGUACGCAUGUUAACUUUUAAGCGCCCUCCUCAUUAAUUCUUAUAUAAAAGAGUAUUUUUUUCUAUUUUCCACAAAAGGAAACGGAACCACAAUAGCAGUAUUUCUGUAUAGUUGUGUUUUGACACGCAGAUGUUCAUAUCACCUCACAUAUGAAGUCUGAACUGAUGUAUUAUUUCCUCCCUGUAUUUGAAUGUGAGGAAACUAAACUCCAGCAUCUUCCCUACUAAGGUGAGAGCAUGGAUGUAUUAUAGAAAAAUAGGGUGAGAGGCGGGGAACCAGAGGCGGGGAACCAGCAGGUACCUGCACCGCUGGAUGCUGACACGGUGCGUGUCGCCACAUGUGGUCCCUGAGAGAAUCCUGCUCAUGUUGAAACUCUGCACACCCUCAUUUUGAAAGCAUGUCCAGUCAAACGGGGGUGAAACCCUCCGUGCGCUUCGGCCAGGUGGUGAUCGGACCCCCGGGCUCAGGUAAGACCACCUACUGCCAGGGAGUGCAGGAGUUCCUGAGCCAGCUGGGACGGAAGGUGGUGGUGGUGAACAUGGACCCGGCCAACGAGGGGAUCCCUUAUUCCUGUGCGGUGGACGUGUCCGAGCUGGUCACCCUGGACGAUGUGAUGGACGAACUGAAGCUGGGGCCCAACGGGGGGCUGCUCUACUGCAUGGAGUACCUGGAGGCCAACCUGGACUGGCUGCAGAGCAAGCUGGAUCAGCACAGUGACUGCUACUUCUUGUUUGAUUGUCCUGGACAGGUGGAGCUUUACACCCACCAGAGUUCAGUGAAGAACAUAUUCUCACAGUUGGCCAAGUGGAAUUUCAGGCUUGCAGCAGUGCACCUUGUGGACUCUCAUUACUGUGCUGACCCAGCCAAGUUCAUCUCUGUGCUCUGCACUUCUCUCUCCACCAUGCUGCACGUGGAGCUCCCCCAUGUAAACAUCCUCUCCAAGAUGGACCUCAUCGAGCAAUAUGGCAAACUAGCCUUCAACCUCGACUUCUACACCGAGGUCAUGGACCUGACCUAUCUUCUUGAUCACUUGGCUGCAGAUCCCUUCUUUAAAAAAUUUCACCUUCUAAAUGAAAAGUUGGCAGAAGUGAUACAAGAUUACAGCCUGGUCUCCUUUGUGCCUCUCAAUGUACAGGACAAAGAGAGCAUGAUUCAGGUCUUACGAGCUGUGGACAAGGCCAAUGGCUACUGCUUUGGAGACCUGGAGGAGAGGAAUCUGCAGGCCAUGAUGUCAGCUGCUGUGGGGGCCGACUUCCAGUUCAACUCUACUCUUGGGGUUCAAGAGAGGUAUGUUGAAACUGGUGGGAAGACUGUGGAAGAGGAAAUGAUGGCGCUGUAAAAGAAAAAGUGCAAAUAAAAGGACAAAUUUGGAUGCCUCUUUAGCACCAGUUAACCAGCGAAGUUUUGGCAACGUCUAUCUCACUUGGCCUGAUUUCACUGCCUCAAAACAAAGGCCCUGGAAAGACUAGAAUUGGAUUUGGGUGCUGUACAGUAGAUGCUUUCACCACACCUCGUGAAAAACACAAUGAGAAAGACUGACCUGAGAAAAUGCUGAGCUCUUCUUCAGGUAACAAUAAGUGUGGUUGAUUAACCUUCAUCUUUAUUAGAUGUAAAAAGGUUUGGUUUUCAUGUUUGUUUUGCUACAAUGGAUAAUAUUGAACCCCAUAUUUUAUUCAGGGGUGCUGAUCUUUCAUGUUAUCGUCAAUGUAAUGAUCAUCCCAUAAUAAUAAAUAAUAAAGUGACACCAUGGAGUA